CUAGCAACCUAUCUGGCUGAAGUGCAAGAAGCUGAUUUUGCUGUCACUAUCGCUGAGCCUCAUGAGACCUUUCAUGAGCUCUUAGAGAUAGCAACAGGAGUCCCUCAUGAUGAAGACCAAAAUAUAUUUACACAGUCAACAAAAGUUAGAAUAAAAAAUUCUACAGCAAUAGUACUAGCUUUCCAAAGUCUGCAUAAAAGAAUAACGAGUUCUAAAGUUAAACUCAGAUAUUUGAAAAGAAAUUUUGUUAGAAGGAAUCUGCUCACAGAAAAAGCAUUUCUAAAGUCUGAAAAGGCUCCUAUUCAGCUUUUAAGUCCUUUUCCUGAUUACCUUAAAAAUCAAGCCAGAGCUGAGAAUCUGCUGCCUAAUGUGAUUCGAAAGCAUGAAAAGACUGAAGUACGUGAUGCAAAUACAGACUAUCUCAUAUGUGCAGUUUAUCAAAAUCACAUCAGCAAGGAGACUUUGGACUUCAUGUUCGAGUCAGUUCUCUUAAUGUUUCAAGAAUGCUCUAAACUCAGAGAGCAACCCAAAGUGCUUGCAUCUUUUUUGAAAGCAGAAAAACAAAAAAAGAAAACUAUUAAUGAAGAGAAGGGUGAGGCAGCAAAUAAGGAGAGUGGGGAAGCUAUUGGGAAGGAUGUAAUCAAUAGUGAGAAGAAUGAGAUAGCAGAAGUAAAGGGUGAGACAGCAGAAAUGGAGGAUGAGUUUGAUAAAGAAGAGAGUGUGAUUGAAAGUAAGGAGGAUGAGGUUACAAAUGAAGAUGAUAAAAAAGAAAGCAAAGCUGAAGAUGUGUGA